UCUGGUUUUAUUUUGAAGAGGUGCGCUUCUCUUCCGGUAUGGCCGCCGUUUUUCUUUCGCGCUUGACCGUGUAGUAAAAAAGGCUUUCCAUGAUGACAACUUUAAAAUAGCAGCAGUAGCCCGAAGGCGCGAGUCUGCCAGCCGCAUUUAUUCCAGAAAAAAAAAUGUUCGCGCGUCGCCGGAACGUCGAGUGUCAUUGCGGCGGCGGAGCGGCAGCUUAGCGGCUAACCUCCGCGGACGGUCCGGCUAGCAUGAAGCGGAGCGGCCGCUGCUUUUGUUUACAUCCAGUCCGGAUGAUGACGAGCCCGGAGAGGCGUGAAGGCUAACGCCGCGACCAGAGCUGCUUCUUCGGGGAAGGUGUCCCCCCCGCAGGUCCGCCCCGACUCUCCGCAGAGGGCCUUUCAAACCUCCGACACCCGCGAGGGAUGGAGGUGUCCUCUCAGGAUCCCGCUGUCAUGGCCAUGGAUCUGUCCAAGAGCUUCAGCUCUCUGAGCCGCGGCCACCCCGAAGCGGUCGACCUGGCGAAGAAGCCGGAGUGGUACCACAGACGCCCUCCCAGCUGCAUCGCAGACUCCGCCCCCCCUUUCCGAUCCAGAGCCUCGUCCUCCUACGGCCUGCUGUCCGCUCAGCCGGGGGGGCCGGUCCACUGCAGGGACGUGGAGCAGAGUCCCGAGGAUUUAAGGAGCUACAUGAAUUCGACGCUGGCGCCGAGGCUGGAUCUGUACCACGACGGCGACCACAGUGACCUGUGGCACCCCAAUUUCUACGGGACCAACCAGAGUGGCUUCACGGCCCCAGAGAGCACCGGGGGGGAGGAGAGCGACAGCGGCUCCGACGUCAUCUUCCUGGUUUCCUCGCCGAAGGAGCAGCUGCUGUGCGGCUCCUUCAUCCAGGACGGCGUGCGCCACAUGGUGGAGCCGCUGUCGCCCGCCGCGUCCUCGCUGGACGAAGGGAGGGGCUGCUUCCUCCUCCCCCAGCACAUGAGCUCCCCCAGCGCCGACACCUCGUACUCGGAAGACUCGUCGGACAGCUCCGUCGACAUUUCCGUCCGCCACGCCCGGCCCAUGGUCCUGCUGUCGGACUUCAGAGCCGCCUACGCAAACGGGGCCGAAUCCGCCGACGCCUCCAGCGACGACAGCGACGUCAUCGAAGUCUCCGUCACCAACGGCAACAGGAAGAUCCACUGCUGCGAGGAAGCUCCAAGUGAGGGGGCGGGGUCUCCUCAGGAGGAGGUGCAACGCCGCCCCAGGACAAGAAAACCCGUGUUGGAUAGCCCGCCGACCCGCGGCGCCGUGCUGCGGCGCAGCCUGAAGAGGCGGGUCAAGAACGUCGCCGUGGGAAUUUACAACGAGGGCUGCGACUCGGACAAGCUGAUGGAGUACGCGCUGAGACUCUCCACCUCCGAGGACUCGGACCCGCCGGAGCUUCCACAGAGAUCCGCCUCAGAGGAGUCGGACCGGGACGUCCGGACCGCCGCCAAGACUCCUCCGAGGAAGCCGCAGCCUCCGGGAAAAGCCUCGCGCUCAAAAAACAGGAAGAAGAAAGCUCCGUUAACUCAAAGAAACAUUUCAGAGAAAAACAAGCGGACGCUAAAACCGAAGGCCCCGCCUCCGCAGAACCACGAGGUCUGCACGAGGACCAAACCACCCCCAAGACGAAAGAGGAAACGGCGCUUGCUGAGCGGACCGCCGGCGCCGUUUCCCCUCAGAGAGCCGGAGAUCCAGCUGAAAUAUGCAAACCCUAAAGGGGAGAGGAAGCACCGCAGGUCCAGCUUCUGCCCCUUCGUCCACAUGGAGCGCCGGCUCUGCAGGGUGGUCAACUACGAGGAGGAGGAGGAGGCGCGGGGCGGCAGAGGAGCACAGCAGCUCCCGGCCUCCUCCUCGGUGUCCGGCUUCCUCCCCAGCUCGUCCUGCUUCCAGCUGGGUCGCCACAGUUCUACCGGCGCCUUUCAGGCGGCGCCGCUGUGCUGCCUGUGCGGGCAGAGCGCCAACGCCACCAACCUCGGGGACCUUCACGGGCCGUACUAUCCCGCCGGUUCGGCCAGGGACUGCGAGGUACUCGGAGGUUUGGACGGCGCCGCCGCUGAGGGUCUCCACCCCCCCACUAACGUGCCUCAGCAUCUGGAUGAGUACUGGAUCCACGAAGACUGCGGCAUCUGGAGCGCCGGCGUCUUCCUGGUGAGAGGGAAGCUGUACGGGUUGGAAGAGGCGGCCCGGCUGGCGCGGGAAACGGUGUGUUCAGCCUGUCAGAAGCCCGGGGCGGUGAUGGGGUGUUUCCUAAAGGGCUGUUCCAGAAGUUACCAUUACCCCUGUGCCCUCCAGUCAGGCUGCUUCCUCAACGAGGAGAACUUCUCCAUGCGAUGCCCGGGACACAAGAAUAAAACGUUAACAGCUGCAACCAGGAAACACAGAAGAUGACACAGAAAGUAAAGUGGAAAAGUGAUUCUGUGAAGGUCAAAACGGGCCUGCAGUUCCUCUCAGGACCAGCUGGGGGCAGCAGCAGGCUGGGAUUAAAGGAGUCCAACUGUGGAGAAAAACAAACACUGAUCAGUUUGAUGAUUUAUUUUGUCAGACUUUAUAACGUUUGAUUUCUGGAAAUCAUUUAACCAGAAACAUAAAAAACAAUAUAAGUUUAAUCAAAUCUAACAUAUUUAUCUCCAACACUAAAACAUCCAAAUGAACCAGCAUCAACCUGACUUCUUUUUUCUCAUUUUCCUCUGAACUGAACAAACUUCUGUUCUUCAGUCCUGGUUCUGUUCUGACUUACGCUUUCUGAAUUUCCUUUAAAUCCAAAAUAUGUUCAAACAAAUUAAUUUUUUUUUUUUUAUCAGCUCACUAUGAUUUUUAUUUUAUUUCUUCUUAAAGUUUCACGCAAACUUUUACAGAAUUUUGUUCAUUUUAGGAUUUGUUGCAUUUUUAUGUCAUAAAAUAAUUUUAUUUUCUGUAGUUUCUGCAUUAAUUAUCAAUCUGUCUUCUCAAUGUAACAUUUAGGAAUAAAAUGCAGCAGUUUUUGUUCCUCAGUUUGAAAUGUAAACGUUUUAGCUUUCAGAUAAACAUUCGUUUAUCUUCUAUUAAUCUAAUCUAAUUAUUGACUUUUUGAAUUUCUGUUUAACAUUUUUAAGUUAUUUUAGUUUAUUUUUGUGUUUUUUUAGUUAAUGUUGACUUGAAUAAAUUUUUAAAGUUUUUUAUGGCUAGUAACACUAAAUAGUUUCACAUGAUUUAAUCUUUGUGUACAGAAUAUUUUUUUAAUAACUUUUUUUUUGUUUUGCUUUGAUAUAUUAUUUUACAUUUUUUAGGAUUUUUAUUAUUAUUAUUAAUACUGUAGACAUUGUUUAAUUUUCUCUUUAAAACAAAAGUGUAAUUUAUACUAUUUUUUAUGUUUUUCACAGUAUUUUUCAGACAGUUUAAGGAGUUUACACGUUUUGUUUACAUUUCUGGUUUAUUUGAAGAAACAGUUGAAUUACUUUUGAACAUAAUAAAGUCGUCUCUGUAACGUCAGUGUUUCCUACCUUCUGUAGUUUUAAUAUCUAUGCAGUUUAGUAUUUUCCUUUAAAAUCAAUCAAACAUUUUUAAGUGUUGAAGUUUUUCUGUCAUCAUAUUCAGAUUUUUUAAAAACCUUUAAAAUUUUCUUUUUGAAUUUUUAAAUGUUUGGUGUCAUCAUUUGAUUGGCUGGAUAUCGAUGUUCUCUUAGAUUGAGUAGUUCUUCUAGUGAGACAAAAAUGAGAGUUUUUCUAUGUUGAUUUUUUUACUUUGAAUUUUUGAGUCGCAAAAUUAAAAUCACUGAAAUAUUUGAGAUAGAAAAUAAAAAUUUGCUGCAUAAAAUUUUGCUG